GCGGGGAGCGCCCUGGCGGCGGCCGCCCGUUCGCCGCUCGCGGCUCGCAGGUUCCAUUGAGAAAAGCUGAGCGGCGGCGGCGGCGUCUGCGCCGAAGCAGAGAAGCCGCCACCAGCCCGCCGCCCGCCGGGCAGUCCGCGCGCCCGAGCGCAGGGCCGUGGCCUCGGGCCUCCGCGGCGGCGCCGGCGGCCCACGCGCGGCGCGGCGGGCUGGGGGCGCGGGCCAAGGCAGCCGUGGAGCCCACGGGCCGGGGGCAUGAGCCGCCCCGCCACCCCGCCGCGCCCCUGCCGCCCGCCGCCGCCCGCCAGGGGCUAGAGGCGGCCGCCGCGAGGGCGCACGGCGCCGGAGACAUGUCCAGGAGGAAACAGAGCAAUCCCCGGCAGAUCAAGCGUUCCCUCAGAGACAUGGAGGCCGGAGAAGAAGCCAAGGGCAUGGACAUCAGCCCCAUGGAACAGGAAGCCACAGCCCCAGAGGCCCCAGCCAUAGAGGAGCCCCCAAGUCCACCCAGAGAAGAUGUGAGCCUACCUACAGUGUCGGCACCCCCUGAGUCUCCAGACGAUCCUGAGGAUGUGGAGGGACAAGAGUUGGAGAUGAGGCCCCAGGAUGAGAAGAAAGAGGAAAAGGAAGAAGAGUCAGCCAUGGCUAGUCCCUGGAGUGGCCCAGAGGAGCUGGAACUGGCACUGCAGGACGGGCAGAGGUGUGUGCGGGCCCGACUGAGCCUCACUGAGGGUCUGUCCUGGGGCCCAUUCUACGGGAGCAUUCAGACCAGAGCUUUAUCCCCUGAGAGAGAAGAACCGGGCCCGGCACUGACCCUGAUGGUGGAUGAGAGCUGCUGGCUAAGGAUGCUGCCCCAGGCCCUAACUGAAGAAGAAGCUAACUCCGAGAUCUACAGGAAGGAUGAUGCCCUCUGGUGCAGGGUUACCAAAGCAGUGCCUUCUGGUGGACUACUACACGUGCUCCUUGUGGCCGAGCCCCACGGUACUCCCAAACACCCUGUGCAGGAGCCAGAGGAAGCUGGAAGCUCAGGUCCAGUGCACACCGACAUCCAGCUGCUGCCCCAGCAGGCUGGUAUGGCGUCCAUCCUUGCUACUGCAGUCAUCAACAAGGACGUCUUCCCCUGCAAAGACUGCGGGAUCUGGUACCGCAGUGAGCGGAACCUGCAAGCCCACCUGCUCUACUACUGUGCCAGCCGCCAGCGGGCCAGCUCCCCUGUCUCAGCGACUGAAGAGAAGCCCAAGGAAACCUACCCCAACGAGCGCAUCUGCCCCUUCCCCCAGUGCCGGAAGAGCUGCCCCAGCGCCAGCUCGCUGGAGAUCCACAUGCGCAGUCACAGCGGAGAGCGCCCCUUCGUGUGCCUCAUCUGCCUGUCAGCCUUCACCACCAAGGCCAACUGUGAACGCCAUCUCAAGGUGCACACGGACACACUCAGCGCGUGGCCUACAGGUGUCUGUCACAACUGUGGCUUCAUAUCCACCACAAGGGACAUCCUCUACAGCCACCUGGUGACCAACCACAUGGUGUGCCAGCCAGGCUCCAAGGGUGAGAUCUACUCACCAGGGGCUGGACACCCAGCAGCCAAACUUCCUUCAGACAGCCUGACAGGCUUCCAACAGCAUUCGCUGAGGCACAGUCCCCUGGUUCCCGCUGACAAGGCACCCACCCCAUCCUCAGGACUGGACAGUAAAGCCUUGGCCGAAGUCACCAACGGAGAGACCAGAGUGCCCCCCCAAAAUGGGGGCAGCAGCGAGUCCCCUGCAGCCCCCAGGACCAUCAAAGUGGAAGCUGCAGAGGAACCUGAAGCCGCCCGUGCCUCAGGUCCGGGAGAGCCAGGUCCCCAGGCUCCGUCUCGGACGCCUUCACCACAUAGCCCCAAUCCAGUCAGGGUGAAGGCAGAACUGUCCAGCCCCACGCCUGGCUCUAGCCCUGGGCCGGGAGAACUAACAAUGGCCGGGACGCUCUUCCUGCCACAAUAUGUGUUCGGUCCGGACGCGGGCACAACCACUGUCCCUGCAGCACCACAGGCUUCGGAGAUCCUGGCCAAGAUGUCUGAGUUGGUACACAACCGGCUACAGCAGGGCGCAGGGAGCUCCGGAGUGGCGGGAACGCCCACAGGCCUCUUCCCGGGGACUAAGGGCGCCACGUGCUUUGAAUGCGAGAUCACCUUUAACAAUAUCAACAACUUCUAUGUGCACAAGCGUCUCUACUGCUCGGGCCGCCGCGCGCCCGAGGACCCGCCCGCUGUGCGCAGACCCAAAGCAGCCACAGGCUCGGCCCGCGCGCCUGCAGGUGUCGCUGCAGAGCCAGACCCGCCACGCUCAUCGCCCGGGCCCGGGCCACGAGAGGAAGAGGCGAGUGGCGCGACCACUCCUGAGGCCGAGACUGCGGGCCGGGGCAGCGAGGGCAGCCAGAGCCCGGGCAGCUCGGUAGACGAUGCAGAGGACGAUCCCAGCCGCACGCUGUGCGAGGCCUGCAACAUCCGGUUUAGCCGCCACGAAACCUACACUGUGCACAAGCGCUACUACUGCGCCUCACGCCACGACCCUCCGCCGCGCCGGCCACCCGUACCCACGCCGGCUCCGGGACCCGCGGCUCCCGCGCUGACAGCUCCGCCCGUGCGCACGCGCCGGCGUCGCAAACUGUACGAGCUGCCCGCAGCCGGUGCCCCGCCCCCAGCAGCAGGGCCGGCCCCGGUGCCGGUUGUAUCCUCCCCUACGGCGGAGCUGCCCUCUUCUCCCAGACCCGCGAGCGCGAGCGCUGGCCCAGCCCCCACGCCCUCUCCGGGCCCAGUCCCCGACGGCCCCAUUGACCUGAGCAAGCGGCCGCGUCGCCAGACCCCGGAUACACCUACUGCUCUGCCCGCGCUGGCCGACUACCACGAGUGUACCGCGUGUCGCGUAAGCUUCCACAGCCUCGAAGCUUACCUGGCUCAUAAGAAGUACUCGUGCCCCGCCGCACCUUUGCGCACCACCGCCCUCUGCCCCUACUGCCCGCCCAACGGGCGCGUUCGCGGCGACCUGGUCGAGCAUUUGCGCCAGGCACACGGCCUGCAGGUGGCCAAGCCCGCGGCCAGCCCAGGCGCUGAGCCCCGCACAGCUGCGGAGCGUGCUCCGCGCGACAGCCCAGACGGCCGCGCACCGCGCUCUCCUUCCCCUGCUCCCGAGAACACGCCUUCUGACCAGGCCGAUCAAGGCGCUCGGACAUCCUGCAAGGGCCCGCCUGCGCCCGCUCCUGCACCGGGUGGUGGUGGCGGCCACCGCUACUGCCGCCUGUGCAACAUCAGGUUCAGCAGUCUGUCCACCUUCAUCGCACACAAGAAGUAUUACUGCUCUUCUCACGCUGCCGAGCACGUAAAGUGAGACUGUGGGGCCGCACCACCGGGACCCUUGACACUUAAUAAAGACGUUCAGUGUGCUAA